AGUAAACAAUAAAGUGAACUAUUUUUUCUUCAUAUAAUUGUGGUUGUUUAAUUUGGCAGAAGCGCCCUGGCUCCCCAAAACAGCAUGAUAAGCCAACUUCUAAGCCUCCACUCCCAAAUAGUGGUGUAUCACAGAUAAGGAAAGGGGCAUACCAUGAGUCCCUUGAUUUCGUGCAAUCAUUAUUUGAUACUUCUUAUGGGUUGGUAGAUGUUUUUCCCAUUGAAGAUCGCAAAAGUGCUCUCUGUGAGUCUCUUGCUGAAAUCAAUGCGCAUUUAGUUGCUGCUCAAAAUAGUGGAGGCGUAUGUUUCCCCAUGGGAAAGGGAAUGUAUCGUGUUGUUCAUAUACCCGAAGAUGAAGCCGUUCUCUUGAAUUCUAGGGAAAAGGCACCUUACUUGAUUUGCGUUGAAGUUUUAAAGUGUGACACUCCUAGUUUUAAAGAUGCUCCAAAUAUGCAAAAGCUUUCGAAGGGAGGGAUUCCCCUUGCAAAUGGAGAUGUUUUAUUGCCAAAACCACCACCUUGGGCAUGCCCUUUGUGAACGGGACAUGAUACAUACCACAGUGGUUAUGAUAGGAUGUCAAGAUCUACUUCACAAGCAAUAGACCAAGCAAUGACCCAGUUAUGGGAGGCUAAAGUCAAAUUUGUUUGAAUCAAUCUCUCUGUAGAGAUGCAAUCAGACAGCAUAUCUGGUUUUUGUGACCAAAAGAAAGAGGUUGGAGCAUAUCAAAAUUCAAUGGAUGGCUGUGGCUUCGAAUGGCUUCGAGUGGGUUACUUUGACAUCAGAGCCUGGUGUUAAUAUGGAUGAUAUAGUGGAUCAGGAACCACCACGUCGGAAGGAGCAUCGCCGCGUUCCAAGUACUGUAGCUAUUGAGGAAGUUAAGGCAGCAGCAUUAAAAGGAGAAGCACCUCCUGGACUCCCUUUGGACGGGGCUGGUCAGGAUUCCGAUGUGCAGCCAAAGGUUUGUAAUGGUGGUCUUCCAUUACAUGCGAUGCACUAUCCGGUGAACUAUGGGAGGUAAAGAAGGAGAGAAUACGCCAAGCCUCUGCAUAUGGGAAACAACUUUGUUGGGACCUACUCUCUUUCAUGUUUUUUGAAGAGGACGCUGAGAAGAAGAUAAAAUGGAGGAGAAAGUGAGGUAUUUUAAAUAUGUAUCCUCUUAAGAUUCUAAUGUAUUUCUUCAGCAUUGCCCAUUUGAUGCAUCUCUUUCAAAAGAAGUUGUUUGGGAUGCACUAAACACGGGAUAUCAAUGUAUACCAAGGAACAAACUUUCGAUGCGAGGUUACAAGCGUCUUCUUCUACGACAAAAUCGCAUAAACCUUCCUAGUCUGAUUUUUUCCCCUCUCUAUGCGCUGAUUUCUUCAUCGGCCUAAUCUUCUUCACCAAAAAAUCUGCCGACUCUUCGCGAUAAACUUCGCCGAAGGAAAGGAAAUCUGCACCCACAACGAAGGAUAGUCAAAAUCCGCUGAUUCUUGGCAGAUUCUUAGCGUCAAUUUUGAGAUCUGCUACGUAAAGAUUCGGUUAUUCUUUGGCGUCAAUUCUAGAAUCAGGACGUGAAGGAGAUUUCCCCGGCUGAAAGUCACGGGCCAUGGCUAGCUUCGACUGGGCUGGUCGGCAAUUUAUGGAACUUGUAAACAUUGUGGGACCGUCAUAAAAAUGGGAGUCUCCGGCGGUUAUGGCGGUCCGGAAAAACACCUAAGGUCGAGGCAUCCCGUGGAGUUUGCCAAAUACGAGGCAAAAAAGAAGGGACGACAAGAAGUGCAAACCCAAAUUUCUCGGUUUGCUAACAGAGGUAAGGGCGGCCUUUUUGCUUAUAGCGACGAGCAAAAUAAGCAAAAAAUGGCCAAAAUGAUUUGUGAAGAAAAUUUGCUAUACAUG